GGAUUGGCUUUUCCCUGGUGUGCAGAACUCAGGAAGAAUAGGCGGAGCUUCCAAUGGUCAGUGCUGGAUUACUAGACACCUGGCAGACUGCGUUCUGCAUACACUAUCUGUCUUUGUAGGCACUUUGCAGAGAGAAUCUGUGUCUCUGUGUGUUCAGCAGCAUGAUUCCCUUGCUCAGCCGAGCUGUGCUUUUCCUUUUUGUCUUUGUACUGGUGUCUGUUCAUGGAACUCAUUACAGGAUGUAUGGAUACCCCAUUCAAAGGAGCUACAUCUUCCCUCCUCCUCUGGUCCAUGGCAGUGCAAUGCUACCAGUGCCCAGACCCGGUGUGUUAGCCAGUCCUCCUCAUGCUGGCAAUGUUCGUCCCAAGCCGGACACCAGGACACUACAAGUGAACCAACCAACAGAGACUGCUUGUAAGAGCAGGCCCAUGGAUCUGGUAUAUAUAAUUGACAGUUCCCGCAGCGUCCGUCCUCAAGAGUUUGAAAAAGUCAAGAUUUUCCUUUCCAAUAUGAUUGACACCCUAGACACGGGCGAAAGGGCAACUCGAGUGGCCGUGGUGAAUUAUGCCAGUACAGUCAAGAUUGAAUUCUUUCUUAAGACCCACUUCAAUAAAGCUACCAUGAAGAAUGCCAUCUCUUUGAUCAACCCAUUAUCCACUGGCACCAUGACAGGCCUUGCCAUACAGACCGCCCUUGAGGAGGCAUUUACAGAGCAGUCAGGGGCCCGUCCUGUGUCCCUCAAGAUUCCCAAAGUAGCAAUCAUUGUCACAGAUGGAAGACCCCAAGACAGGGUGCAGGACGUAGCCGCCAGGGCUCGGGCCUCUGGAAUUCAGAUAUACGCGGUGGGAGUGGACAGGGCAGACAUACAGUCUCUUAAGUUGAUGGCAAGUGAACCACUUGAUGAGCAUGUGUUUUAUGUGGAGACCUAUGGAGUCAUUGAAAAACUCACUUCAAUGUUUAAGGAAUCUCUUUGUGGUGUAGACUUUUGUGCCGUUGGAAGACAUGACUGUGAACAUAUAUGUGUAGCGACGGCUACAUCAUACCAGUGCAAGUGCCGCAACGGCUAUAUUCUUAAUCCUGAUAAGAAGACCUGUUCACGUGUAGACUUUUGUGCCGUUGGAAGACAUGACUGUGAACAUAUAUGUGUAGCGACGGCUACAUCAUACCAGUGCAAGUGCCGCAACGGCUAUAUUCUUAAUCCUGAUAAGAAGACCUGUUCACGUAUUGAUGUGUGUGCUCUGGGGAGACAUGACUGUGAGCAAAUCUGUGUGGCCACUGCCACCUCCUAUCAGUGCAAGUGUGGUGCUGGAUACUCUCUCAACCCAGACAAGAAGACCUGUUCACAGGAAGCACGGAGGGUUGUACAAAAAGAGGACCCUUGCAAAUGUGAAAGUCUGAUUGCCUUCCAAAGCAAAGUGAACACUUACAUUGAAUCUCUGACUUCAAAACUAGAUGAGCUUACAAACAAAUUACAAGUCUACGAAGGAAGAAGAAACUGAAGAAGACAAAAAUGGACAUUAUUUUUUGUAGUGCAAUAAUUGGAGCUUUGUGCAUUGUGUGUGAUUUUUACUGCUGAAUUACUAUACAGUACAAAUCUGACCCAAGUAUUGAAAUGUACCCGCUUAGAGGAAGAUAAUAAGCACAUGUACCAGUAAUGAUCAUUUAUGUUUAUAUGACCCUUAACAGUUGGUUUGAGUUUGGCAACAAUAUUAUAAUUCAGUGAACCUAUCUUCCGCAUCAACUGAGGUUAGGCCAUUUUGUAGCAGGUCAUUCUAUACCCCAGCCCUGUCAGGGUAGCAACAAAUCCCUAAAUGAAGGUGCCUUGCAUGAAAAGGGCUUGUAUACUCACCUAUUGGGCAGGCCUUGUUUCCUACCUCUGCUCCAUCCAAGUGCAGUAUGUAUCAGUCUCUUUGAAUUCAAAUCCACAGUGAAGUAGGGGUCGGAGGAUGGAACCAUGGCGCACAGUGGGGGACAAAUGCAUCAGGCGCUCCCAGACACAUUAAAUACCAACAAAAAGACUGAUAAAGGCUGUAGCACUCCUGAGUAGGUGAGCUUUUCCCUUGCAGGCACCUUUUUUUAAGGAUUUAGUGUUUCCCCGAUAGUGUUGUUUUAGGGAAACCAGUACUAGAUAUAUGGUUGACUGGGUAUCUCCAACCUCACUACUUUCUGAGCCAUGGGAACAAGCAUACAGCAGUCAAUGUCAGUUCAAAGUUAGCAUGCCCGAUUUACCAACUUGUUCUUUAGAUGAUUAAAUAUUGUAGCCUUUGGAUCAGCAUGACAGCCAGGAAACCAUCAUUUUCAGUAGCUGAGGCCAGCAUUGGCAGCCUACAUAUUGUCAGUACAGGUUUUGUUUAAUUCUUUAGAAGCCAGUGAUGCACAUACCAUCUAAGGGGCCCAUAUACUAACGCUAAUUUAUGGGAUAUUGUACUUUGCAAUUUUCCAUCUGCCAAUAUCAAAUACGCGUGUAAAUACUGUUUUUUUAACCUUCUUUACAUGUAACUGUAUGUUUAUGGUUGUCUGGAUAUCUGAAUGCAAGCCAACAAACAAAGCAUGAUGGGAUAAUACAUUUCUGUGCACCUUAACUGUUUGGGGGGCCCCUUCCACAGAUUGCCCCCAUUUCUCUAUAGACCAUACACACUACCAGCAGCUCUGCUCCUCAGCCUUGACUCUGAUGGCUAUUCAAGUAAGAUGCAAAUGACUUCCAAGUAUGGCCUUCAGUGAGAUGCAGACCUUUUUUUCAGGGGCCUAAUUAAAGAGCUGCCUCUGCUCCUAAACCGCCAGGACAGCUCAGUCCUCUGCCAGUGUCACAGUGUGCCUGCCUGUGAUUGUCAGCCCCUUUCCCCACCCUCCGCCCUGUCCACCUGGAGCUCCUCUGUGGGGUCGGGAGGUCCAGGCUCAGUCCAGUGCCGAUCCUCAGCCAUGGUGGGCCAGGCGCUCUGCAUCCUGGCACUGCCUGUUUAUCAGCUUCUCUGCUGAUCUCCCGACCAGGAGCUCUUUGGGGAGUCUUGGUGGGACCACACUGAAGUGGCGUUGAGGACAGCUGGGCCACCUCCCUCCCCUAUUGAUGCUGUGCCAGGAUCAGUAAAUCCCCCCCAUUCUCCUAUUGUACUCAGCAUCAU